AUGAUCCUCACCAAGGCGUUCCACCUCACCAAACAGCAUGAUCGUCCGCUGAGCAUCUACCUUGCCGAGCUCAAGGCAAUCUCGGACGAGCUCCGCGACCUUGGGUACCCCCUCUCCACUCACGCCCUUCUCAUUCAGCUUGUCUCUGGUCUGCACGAGCGCCACGAGACCGUGGGCAAACUAAUUCAACAGGACGCCGAGACACUCACCUUCGCCGCUGUCGUCGACAAGCUGUCGAUGGAUGAGAAGAUGUCCGGCACAGCACCCACUGGUCCGGCCACGGGCACCGCACUGCUCUCCUACCGGCCGUGGGCGCCUGCUCCCACCCCCACCCACGGCGGCCAGGGCUCCUUCGGCUCGCCUGGUUCCCCCUCCCCCAACCAAGGGAACCAGAAGCGCAAACGCUUCUCCAACCAUGGUGGCUAA